CAUAUAAAGGCAUGAAUGAAGUUGAAGAGCUCAUUAGUUGCUUCUCACAGUCACUGCUCAGGUUGGCUUGAAAGCAGAAAGAGAUUCCCUGUCCCCCAGCCAAAUCCAGCUUCCAAAAUGAUCCAAGCUGUCUUGGUUACUAUAUGCUUAGUGGUUUUUCCAUAUCAGGGGAGCUCUACAAUCCUGGAAUCCGGGAAAGUGAAAGAUUAUGAAGUAGUGUAUCCGCAAAAAGUUCCUUCAUCGCCCAAAGGAAGACUUCAGAAGCGUGAGGAAAAGACCCUAUAUGAAGAUACCAUGAAAUAUGAAUUUAAAGUGAAUGGAGAGCCAGUGAUCCUUAACCUAGAAAAAAAUAAACGACUUUUUUCAAAAGAUUAUACUGAGACUCAUUAUUCCCCUGAUGGCAGAGAAAUUACAACAAGCCCUCCAGUUCAGGACCACUGCUAUUAUCAUGGACACAUCCAGAAUGAUGCUGACUCAAGUGCAGCCAUCAGGGCUUGUGACGGCUUGAAUGGAUAUUUCAAGAAUAAUGGUGAGAUGUACAUUAUUGAACCCUUGAAGCUUUCUGACAGUGAAGCACAUGCAGUCUUCAAAUAUGAAAGUCUGGAAAAAGAGGUUGAGACCCCCCAAACCUGUGGAGCAAUCCAUAAUUCUGGGGAAUCAGAUGAGCCUAUCAAAAAGAUCUCAAAGUUAUUCGUUACUCCAGAAAAAGGAGAAGAAUACUUGAAGGCUGAAAAAUAUAUUGAACUUUACAUGGUUGCAGACAAUUUAGUUUACAGGAAGUACAGCGGCAACAUCACUGAUGUAAGGAUGAGAAUAUUUGAAAUUCUCAACUAUGUAAAUAUGUAUUACAAAGUUUUCAAUAUUCAUGUAAUAUUGAUUGGCUUAGAAGUUUGGUCUGAUGAAGAUAAGAUUCUGAUCAAUGGAUCAUCAGAACCCAUUGUGAAAUCUUUUGCAGCAUGGAGACAUUCAGAUCUACUGAAGCGCAAAAGGAAUGACAAUGCUCAGUUACUCACGGGUAUUCACUUCGAUAAAGGAGUCUUAGGAGUAGCUUUCAUAGGCGGCAUGUGCAAUAAUUUCACAUCUGUAGGAGUUAUUCAGGAUAACAGCAUCCAGGCAGUUUUAAUUGCAGCUGUAAUGGCCCACGAGUUGGGUCAUAAUCUUGGUAUGAAUCAUGAUACAGAUUCCUGUACUUGCAACACAGGACCAUGCAUUAUGAAAGCCUCAAUAAAUUUUAACCCUCCUUGGGAGUUCAGCUCUUGCAGUUACUGGUAUUAUCAGAAUUAUAUCAUGACUGAAGCUGCACAAUGCAUUCUCAAUGACCCCAUGAUCACAGAUAUUGUUCCAAUUGCAAUUUGUGGAAAUGGUUUUGUGGAAGAGGGAGAAGAAUGUGACUGUGGCCCUCCAGAGAUAUGUAAAAAUGAGUGCUGUGAAGCUGCAACUUGUAAACUGAAACCUGAGGCAGAGUGUGCAAGUGGAGCAUGCUGUGAGAAAUGCCAGUUUAGGAGAACUGGAGAACUAUGCCGGGCAGCAAAGGAUGAAUGUGACUUUGAUGAAAUCUGCACUGGCCAAUCUGCCGAGUGUCCCAUAAAUCUCUUCCAAAUGGAUGGAUACCCAUGCCAAAACAACCAAGGUUACUGCUUCAGGGGGACAUGUCCCACCUUAACAAAGCAAUGCAUUGCUCUCUGGGGGCCAGAUGCAGAAGUGGCUCCAUAUGGUUGUUUUAUGAAUAACGAGAAAGGGAAGGAUUAUGCCUACUGUAAAAAGGAAAAUGGUACAAACAUUCCAUGUGAACCAGAGUAAGCACUCUAAAUUAUUUCCUGCUAUGAUGAUGACCUCA